GGAAAACAAAAAGAAACCUGAUGUAACGCCUGAAAAACUUCCUUUUCUACGCAGAAGAUCAAAGCGUACGGAGGGUCAUUGUGAAGCACAUCAAUUUAAGGCAGAGGAGCAGAUGUCCCAACUCUGGCCGCUGAUAAAGCUGAUAUCUUUCUCUGGUCCUCAGUCUGGUAUUCAAUCAAUACGGAAAGAAUCAGAAGAAGAUACCUAAGAUGCUCAGGUAACUUGCGCCUACCCUCCAGCACCGCUUUGAGAACUGGACGCGAAGACACUCCUCGCUUGCCAGGUGAAGUCACACACAAUCAGCGCACCCACAACCGACAGAUCAAGGCAAGAAGCCUUCGAACGGAUCUAGUGAACGCGUGCACGUGUGGACGCGGCACUGAGGAGGACCCAUAUCCUUCUCCCCCUUUUCUCGGCCCGAGAGCCAGCUCCAAACCUGCGCCGGGGGGGGGGGGGCUCCCACUCCAGACCGGCCACGCUUCCCUGCAGCAGCCAGGUGGGCGAGAGAGCGAGAGAGAGAGAGAGAGAGGGAGGCCUGCCUGCGAGAGGACUCGGCCUGCUCCUUCCCAGCCAUUCCCGGGCGGGCGCGCAGACUCCAAAGAGCCGCUCCGCCCCGCCCCGGCGGUGGCAGCGGCGCGACCAGGACGCUCCCCCCCCCCCCGUGUCUGCUUUGGGGGCGCCCAGCGGCCUCAUGGAGCGGGCGGCGCUGAGGAGGAGUCGCCCUUCCAGAAGUAUUGGAUAACUGAAGGUGAGCAGUGAAGACAGAGGCCACAUUUGCAAAAGGUGUGAAGUUAUUCAGAACGGCAGAAAACAACGUGGACUGUGAAGAGUUCGUAGAGAAUCCCCCUGUACUGGGUGCAGCUGUAAUUUGACAGAGGUGAGAUUCACACACUGAAUUGCCUCCCACCCAGGGAUCAGCCCUUCCUGAUGGCCUCUCAGGGAACACCAAAGGGCCUCAGGGCCUCUCAGGGAACACCGAAGGACUCUUUUCAUUGUGUGGCAAUCAUUUUCUUCCUCCUUGGCCUGGGAACUCUCCUCCCCUGGAACUUCUUCAUCACAGCUAUUCCGUAUUUUGAGUCUCGGCUUAUUGUUGGCAACUGCUCUGUUGUUGAAGAGAAUGAGAAUGGGACUGUCCUUGGCCUUGAACCCACAACCCGCUGCACUGAUGACUUCAACUUCAGCAACUGGCUGACUCUUCUCUCCCAGCUGCCUUUGCUCCUCUUCACCCUCCUCAACUCCCUCCUCUACCAAUGCAUUCCAGACAAAGUGCGCGUUCUGGGCAGCCUCCUUGGGAUCCUGUUCCUCUUCUUACUGACGGCUGCCCUGGUCAGGGUGGAGAUGCCCCCCCAGAGCUUUUUCUCUGUCACCAUGGCGAGCGUUUGGUUCAUUAACUCCUUCUGUGCCGUCCUGCAAGGCAGCCUCUUUGGGCAGCUGGGGUCCUUCCCGCAGAGCUUCAGCACUCUCUUCCUGAGCGGCCAGGGCAUGGCUGGAACAUUUGCUGCCAUCGCUAUGUUGCUGUCCAUGGCCAGUGGUGUUGAUGCUCAGACUUCUGCUUUGAGUUAUUUCAUCACUCCCUGCUUUGGGACAUUCAUCUCGAUCAUCUGUUAUCUCGUGCUACCCUACAAGAGCUUUGCCCGUCACUACCUUGAGAAGAAACACCAGGAAGGUCCAAGUUUCGAACUGGAGACUCAGGCUGGGCUUCUCCCUGCAGGUUUAUCCAGAGGCUUAAUCGUAAGGCGUGGUGACUCCGGCAGGACAAGUAAGCUGGUGAAAGCUUCGCGAGCCAUAAAGCAGCGCGCCGGUGUAGGCGCCGCCAGAGGCUGCUCCUCUGCUUAUGCACUGCCAUCGCUUUCCUGCGACCCGCCAUAUCGCCCCAGCACGAGAGAGAGUGUCCUCGAUCUCGAAGUCCCUGGAUGCGCUGAUCCAGCCGACUGCGUACCGACAAUCCCUGGAUGCGCGGAUCCAGCGACGCCACGACGCACGCCCUUCCCCAGCGCGACGGCCAAGAAACUCAGGCGGGGGCACAAUAGUUCAGUUGCUGAGGACGAGCUGAAGAUCUCUCCUCCUCUAAUCUUCUUCAUCAAAGAGAUAUGGCAGCUGGCCUUGUGUAUUGUCUUGGUCUUCUCUGUCACCCUGUCUGUGUUUCCUGCCAUGACCGCCAGCGUGGACAGCGUGUCUGAGAACAAAACCUGGAACAAGUUCUUCACUCCGGUCUGCUGCUUCCUUCUCUUCAACGUCAUGGACUGGCUAGGCCGCAGUGCCACAUCCUAUUUCCUCUGGCCAGAGAAGAACCUACCCCUCCUCCCUGCUAUGGUGGGACUCCGCCUGCUGCUCAUCCCGCUGCUCCUGUUAUGCAACAUCCCUCACCGCUCCUACCUGCCUGUGCUUUUCCACCAAGAUGCCUGGUUUGUCCUCUUCAUGGUUGUUUUCUCGCUUUCCAAUGGCUACUUUGUCUCUCUCAUCAUGUGCCUGGCGCCCAAACAGGUGCAGCCACAUGAAAGUGGGUUGGCAGGUGCCAUAAUGACCUUCUUCCUGGCCUUGGGGCUCUCGUGUGGGGCUGGUCUGUCCUUCAUCUUAAAAGCCUUGCUGUGAAGGGUGCCAGCCAUCCUGUCGCGGCCUCUCUCAUCCUGAAGCAUCACUUCAUCCUGAAGCCUUGAGGAGAGGCUGGGAACUCUUCUCACCGUCCCCAGUUUUGCUCCAGGCCCCCCUUUUUAUGGCAGCUAACAUUUUCCAAGAGGGGCAACCCAACAGUCUUCCAAAAAAAGGGGAAAUGUAUAUAUGUAUGCAGGGGAGGGGAGAGGGGUCGCCCAAUCAUGUUCUUGUUAACGCAGAGCCUGAAUGUAUUUUCUGAAAGAGCCUUGGAUUUUUCAGAUCAAGGAACGGGGAGUGAUUUGCUCAGGAAAGCAGCAGCUGAGAUCAGUCCCUCUUAUGUGAGACCGGAAGACUUCAUAAGAAAUAUGGGACUUUUCUCUUUGCUUGCUUUCCAGUUGAGGAAGCAUUGUUGUAUAACGCACAAAUUUCUAUGUGGAAGGAUGACUCUGGGAAGGGGUGAUGAUAUGUGUAAUAAAGUCAGUGUUAAAAUAAGGGAUGGAGACGGCACUCCUUCCCAUUUGUGGCUACCCAAAAUCUCACAAACGCACACCUUUUUUUAAUUAUUUCUGAGCCUUUGUAGUGAUAAACUCUUUGAUUGCAACCAUAGUGCUAGAACCUCGCCCUACUUGAAUGAAAAGCAAAUUGCCUUCAAGGUAAGGCAAAUUCUAUAGUAGCUUUCCCAAGCUGCGAACAAAUGAACAAGCAAGAAAGCGACCUUCGGAAGCUAUAUCCAGGCCUUGGACUCCAGUGAAUGUAUCUGCAUAAUAUUUGUCCAUCUUCUUCACCAGUUUGAUCUGAAAUGUCAUCAAAACCAGCCAUCAGUGAGUUCUGCUUCUGAGUGAAAGAUGCUUAGAGGUGGUUUAUAAUUUACAUAAACUUCCUGGCUCCUUUCUGUGGAGUUCAUACAACUAAUCAAGUGUAGGUUUAUGCAAAACACAAACCUCUUUGCAAAAAAGAGAGAGAGAGAGAGAGAGAGAGGUCUGCAGUGUUUAUUUGUUGUGAUCCUUCCCCUGGAUCCAAAAAUAAAAUAGACCCUGCUGCAAUCAUGUUUUCAUAGGAAUAGCUAAGCAAUCUGAUCCCAUGAAAAGAAAAGUGUCUGGAUUGCCCACAUUUCUUUUAGAUAACUCAUUGGUUUUACUACUAGUUUCAUGAAUGAUCAAAGAGCAAUUGUGAAAAUGUUGCCUUUAAGGUAUUUUACUGUUUGCAAGUGUCUGUACUUUGUGGAACAACUUUUUUUGCCUUUUUCUUUUUUUUGUAGCAGAGCCUGGCCCUGGGUAGCAGGGGAUAUCCAAGAUGAGUCCUAAGGGUCGUGCUGUUGUAAAUAGGAACUCUAUCCUAAACUUGUGUUCAUUCUUUUUUAAAAAAAACAAAUUGCUGCAUUUAAAAUGUGAAACAAUUCCAAGAAGUUUAGUUAGCUUAUUUUUUGCCAUUCAAUAAACUUUUUUUAAGGAAAAAAA